GGACAGUACACGUCUUCAUAGUACGAAGUUACCGCAGAGUGUAAUAACCUUUUGUAACUAUAACACCAAUACAAUGUCGGGCGAUUACUCGUUCAGUCUUACAACCUUCAGCCCUUCAGGAAAACUUGGCCAAAUCGAACAUGCGUUGAAUGCUGUGAAUCGAGGUGUAACCAGCAUUGGUAUCAAAGCAACCAACGGUGUUGUCAUCGCCACAGAAAAGAAGUCAGCCUCAACGCUCAUCGAUGACGAGUCAACAGAAAAGGUCGCUGUGAUCUGCGAUAGCAUCGGCAUGGUAUACUCAGGCAUGGGACCAGACUUCAGACUUCUCGUCAGUCGUGCGAGAAAGUAUGCUCAGCAAUAUAAACAAUUGUACAUGGAGAACCCACCAACACGAAUCUUAGUAGAGCAAAUUGCUCGCGUCAUGCAAGACUACACUCACAGAGGAGGUGUUCGUCCAUUUGGUGUGUCCCUUCUCAUUGUUGGAUACGACGAGGUCAAUGGUCCUUCCCUUUACCAAGUUGAUCCAUCUGGUUCAUACUGGGCUUGGAAGGCUAGUGCUAUUGGCAAGAACAUGAUCAACGCGAAAACCUUUUUGGAGAAGCGAUACAAUGACGAAAUCGAGUUGGAAGACGCUGUACACACCGCUAUCCUUACGCUGAAAGAAGGGUUUGAAGGACAAAUUACGGAAACUAGUCUAGAAAUAGGUAUUAUUGGUACAAGCACUAUUGGUGUAGCUGGUAAAGACAGAGAAGAGUUCCCAUUGUUCCGAAAGCUGUCACCUAGCGAAGUCAAGGAUUACCUCGCCAAUAUUGCUUGAGGAUUAUCAUAAUUCCAUGUAAUCUUUUUACCCCCAUUAAAGAUCUUAAAUAACCAAAAAAAAUCA